CCGUUACUAUAAUGACUAGUUAGCUCAGAGACAGCAAACGCGCUUUCAAGUCUUCUGGGUCCAUUCACCAAUCUCACUUGCAAAUGUCACAACAUCUUAGAACCAGUCCAUGCUUAAAGUUCACAAUCUAGAUUAGAUAUUACACUCUUUGCUCCAUUUCUUCAACUUGUCUCUUUCUUCUAUUAAUACGUUUUCAAACUUUGCUUCUGGGAUAUUAACCUCUAUCCAUGCCAUAGUUUGUUCUUGCAAACAAAAAAAAACGGUGUUCUUGCAACAAGAAUGGGCAAGAACAGGAAAUUCAGUCGCUUCAAGGAUCUUUCGAUGGCUUUGCGCUUUGUGGCGGUUUUUUUCUUGUUUCAGGACUUGGAUUUGUGCUCUUCUUUAAAUGAAGAAGGUAAUGCUCUUUUGAAGUUGAGGCAGAGAAUAGUGAGUGACCCUUUUGGUGCUUUGUCAAAUUGGAUUCAGGAUGAAGUCUCUGUUGACCCUUGUAAUUGGUUCGGAGUUGAGUGCUCAGAUGGCAAAGUUGUGACCUUGAAUUUGAAGGAUCUAUGCCUUGGAGGAACUCUCGGGCCCGAGAUUGUGAACCUUGUUCACAUAAAGUCUAUUAUUUUGCGAAACAACUCUUUCUAUGGGACCAUCCCUGAAGGAUUUGUAGACUUAAAAGAAUUGGAGGUUUUGGAUUUGGGAUACAACAACUUCAGUGGACAUCUACCUGCGGAUCUUGGGAGUAAUAUCUCACUGGCAAUCCUUUUGCUGGAUAACAAUGAAUUUCUUGUUGGUUUCUCUCCCGAAAUCAAUGAGCUGAGGAUGCUUUCUGAAUGCCAAGUAGAUGAAAAUCAGCUAACUAAUGCUGCUAAUAUGCCAGCUUGUCCAGAAAGAGCCAUCACAUGGCAUAUUGGUCAAGGUAAAGGUACUCGUGGCCUACUAGGAAAUGAUAAAUCAGCACUUUUUCCUCCCCAUCCUAGUCGUGUGCCUAAUCCACUUCAUUCUAAUAAAAAAGAGGCUUUUAAUCGUGCCAAGAAUCCAGUUGUUGAGAGCCAUUCUCCUGCUUCCGCACCAGCCUCAGCAAAACCACCAGUGCCAACAAAGCCAGCUCCCCCUAGGGAAAAGGCUUUUCAUUCUAAAACUAAAAGCACCUCAUCAAAUAUUCAUAUUUUGGCUGGAGUAAUAGGUGGUGUUGUGUUUCUCCUUAUUUCAAGCAUUGGCAUAUAUCUUUGUAAAACCAAAGUAGCUAAUGUCAGACCUUGGGCCACGGGACUAAGUGGACAGCUUCAGAAGGCAUUUGUAACUGGUGUGCAAAAGCUAAAGAGAACAGAUCUUGAAGCAGCAUGUGAAGAUUUUAGCAAUGUAAUUGGUACUUCAGCCGUUGGUCCGCUGUACAAAGGAACUUUGUCUAGUGGCGUUGAAAUAGCUGUAGCUUGUGUUCCGGUGACAUCAUCCAAGAAUUGGUCAAAGACUUUAGAAGCUCAAUUUAGAAAGAAGCUAGAUACAUUAUCGAAAGUGAACCACAAGAAUUUUGUCAAUCUUAUUGGAUAUUGUGAAGAAGAGGAGCCUUUCACCAGAAUGUUGGUUUUUGAAUAUGCCCCAAAUGGAACACUAUUUGAACAUUUACACAUAAAAGAAGCUGAGCACUUGGAUUGGGGAACAAGACUUAGAGUUGCAGUGGGUAUGGCUUAUUGCCUUCAACAGAUGCACGAGUUGGACCCUCCUAUGGCCCUUAUGAAGCUGAAUUCUUCAGCUGUUUACUUAACAGAUGACUAUGCUGCCAAACUCUCAGAUUUGAGUUUCUCAAACGACACAGCCUCAGCUGAGACAAAAGCAAAUGACAUGCCAAUAGCAAGUCCAGAAAGCAAUGUCUAUAGCUUUGGUGUUUUGUUGUUUGAAAUGGUUACUGGUCGCAUCCCCUAUUCAGUGGAACAAAGGGACUCACUUGAAAACUGGGCAUCGCACUAUUUACAAGGGGACCAGCCCCUCAAAGAAAUGGUGGAUCCAAUUCUAGUAUCUUACCAAGAGGAUCAACUAGAACAAGUUUCUGCUUUGAUUAAAACUUGUGUGGACCCUGAUCCAGAGCAGAGACCAACAAUGAAAGAUGUCAGUGAGAGACUCAGAGAGAUAACAAAAAUAACACCUGAAUCAGCAGUUCCGAAACUUUCUCCACUUUGGUGGGCAGAGCUUGAGAUUGCUUCUUCAGAAGCACGUUAAAACAAGUGAAGCAGAUUGUAAUUAAGUUUGUUCGAGAGGUUUAAGCAUUGUGAUUGAUCCUUUUUCCUUAGGUGAAGUCAAAGCACUAAAAAGUUCUCACUUAACGUCUCUAUUGUUGUAGGACAUGGUCGCAAUUCGCAAUGGCGUGAGUGAUGUUUUUUCGGGUGCUUCGUUUAAUUGUAGCUUAUGGAAUUGCACCUAGCUUUCGUAUAUCACUUACUUUUUCAUGUCAGUUUAUGUGGUGAAUCCAGACAAGUUCAAGUCUUCUCUCAUUUCUUCAAAUGUAAAAUAACAGUUUGCUGAAUAGAAAAAUGCAGAAAUUAAUUGAUAAGUUAGCUUGAAAAAAUAAAAUGAUCGAGCAACGUGAAGGAUAUAUAUGUUGAUGUUUGGGUUCAACAACACCGUUUUGUAAUUUUGUUAAGAGAAUUCUAUGCAAGAUCUAUGAUGUAUACCUUUGGAUAAAAAAGAAAAUAAUGCACAAGAAUUUCUGGCC